UUAGUGGCGAGGUUGGAUAGGAUCGAGGCUGACACUUAGGGUCUGUAUGCUGCUCAUGUCGAGCUGAAGAAGGCAUACGAGACCAGCCAUGUAGAGCUGAAGGGUGGUCAGAACGUAAUUAUGGAGCAGCUCAGAGACAUAUUGGCCAUGUUGAAUCGUCCGCCAACGACAGCUUCAGCACCGGAGGCCCCAGCAGAUCCAUCUACCCCACCACCAGCUGCUUCACCGCCAGUAGAAGAGGAGGAGGUCUUCCCCGACGAUUACGAUCCUUAUGAGGGAGCUCCAGCGACUCCGAUCGAGGCACAACCUGUUAUCCAUGUACAUGACACCGAGUCGCAGGGUGAGAUUCUGUCGAUAGAGGCACAACCUGCAGUGGUUAAGAGUCGGAAGAGGAAGAGAAAGCCUCCUGUAUGGUUCGGUGACUAUACGGAGAUGAAGAGGAGACAUAGGCCAUCUUCGACUUUUGAUCCCCUGGAGCCACCGGAUGAGAAAUUGUUAACCACUUUCCGAAAGUGGUGUGUUGGACUCAUUCCGAACCACCGACUUUGGGAUUUGAGAAGUGGUGAUUACGGUCCAGGAUUCUUUUGGAUAAUGCUCACACCAAAGGAAUGGCUUACAGAUCACGUAAGUAAAGUAUUUUAUAAUAUUACUUCACUUUACAACUUUAUGUGCAAUUAAUAUAGUUUUUUGUCUAACUGACAUUUUCCUUUAUAUGCAGCAUAUAGAUGCAGCAAUGCAUAUGCUGAGGAGGCGACGCACCGACUAUCCACUGACAUUUCCUCAGAAGGGUGUCAUUCUCUCCACAUUCGUGACCAGCAUGAUCAGCAGUGCAUGGACGAGCCACAAGGGUCCGAGGAGAAACUUUGUGUGGGAGGAUUAUAUCCUGGACUACUGCAGAGGGGUUCAUAAGGUAUUGUUUUAGUAAGAUUUUAAAUGUUAAUUGUUUGGGAGGAUUAUUAUGGUUUGUUAAUUGUUUCGUUGUUCUCUGUAAUUACAGUCCCAAGUCUUUGAGAGAUGGAGGGGUAACGAGUUUAUUUACUUCGUUCUGAACCUUCCCGAGGCAAGGCACUGGGUCACACUUGAAGUCGACAUAGAGCUGUGGAAAAUUAAUGUCUACGACUGUGAUUCCAGCGUCUGUCAUUGGACCGCCAUGGAACCCAUCCUGAAGACUUGAGGAGAACUGCUGCCCUCGCUAAUCCUUGCAACCGGGGAAUUUCCACAUAACAACCAGAUUAUGGCGUUAACUAACAAGGACAUCACGGUGCUUCCAAAAAUGCACUCGACUCGAGCCACUCACGACUUAGUUCCGAAGUCAACAACCAGUGGUGAUUGUGGCGUCUAUUGCAUUGAGUAUGUGGAGCAUCUCAUGAUGCAACGUGGAUUGACCGAUGUGACGCCAGGCCGGAUAGCUAUGUUUCGUCAACGGUGGUGUGUUGAUUUAUUUUACCAAAAUGUCGGCUGAUUAUAUGUGUAAUUAUUGAGACAUUGUAUAUUUUGUGUAAUUAACAUUACAGUUAUGUAUAUAUAGACUUUCUCUUCGUUCAAAUUUUGAUAAUUAUUCGUGGUUUCAAAUAUAAAAUAUCGAUAUUAUUCAA